GCCCCCCCCUCUGUGCGGGGCGGUGCCGGCGGCCGGGGACUACGUGGCCAAGCCGGGGGACAAAGUGGCCGCGCGGGUGAAGGCGCUGGAGGGGGACGAGCAGUGGAUCCUGGCCGAGGUGGUCAGCUACAGCCACGCCGCCAACAAGUACGAAGUCGACGACAUCGACGAGGAAGGGAAAGAGCGCCACACCCUGAGCCGGCGCCGGAUCAUCCCCCUCCCCCAGUGGAAAACCAACCCCGAGACCGACCCCGAGGCCCUUUUCCACAAGGACCAGCUGGUGCUGGCCCUGUACCCACAGACCACCUGCUUCUACCGCGCCCUCAUCCACGCCCCCCCGCAGAGGGUGAGCCCAAAAACCCCCCCCCCCCAAAAAAAAAAACCCCCCCAAAAAAAACCCCAAAAAAUUCCCCCUUUGGAACUGAGGGAAAGGGGGGGAAAUGGGUUCGGCCACCAGGGGGCGCUAAAGGGUGGAGGGGGUUGCUAA